AUGGUACUGGAACGAACUCUAGUGCGGGCACUUGCAUAUCCAUAUUGCUUCGAAGGGGCUUCGAUCGAGUCAGACCCUCCACCAUUUUGUGCCUUUCUUGACUAUCCUUUCUCCGGCACCUAUCAUCCCUUCUUUAUGCCUUGGAAUUCAGAACGAGUACUCCCCCAUUGUACGGCCGCCAGCCUGCCUCUUAGCUUUGAUCUACCAUCGUCUUUAGUCGCCAAACGCAGCGAGAAAACCCACAACACAGCCUUUUUACUAGGCUGCACAGAAAUAAUCCGCAACCUGCGAUUUAUGGAUAUUCUACUUGCCGGAUUGCUCGCAAUAUCCGUAGCCGUUUUCGGCUCCCGAGCUUUCCCCUUUCACAUACCAUCAAUUACGGUCCAGCCAAUGCACUCAUCAAGCACCUAUUCAUACGCUGUAAAUACGUAG